CUGAGAUGGCUAAAAGAUUCAACUCGCAGCUAUUCGUCAGCAGAAUGUCAUUUUACACCACAAAUGAACAACUGAAGAGGUUGUUUUCGCCAUUUGGGGUAGUUACAGAAGCUAGGCUAGUUAAAGACCCAAGAACCGAAAGACCCAAAGGUUUUGGUUUUGUCACAUACGAAUCAGAGGCUGAGGCUCAGAAGGCUUUGAAGGCCAUGAAUGGCAGGGUAUUCUCUCUCUCUUCCCUGAAAAUCUACUGUAGAUUCUCUGUUUAAUUUACUAAGCAAAUUACAUCGACGGCGACCCCUUGUUUGCUGUUGUCCACCUUUCUUGAUGACAAUUUGGGAAGAAAUUAAAGUUGUUAA